AACGUUUACGUUUAAUCACAAAACCACAAGAUGUGAAAAUUAAUCAGUUCGGUGAAAGUGUUCAAUUCAAAUGUACUAGUUCAAAUGAACAAGUUAUACCAUAUUGGUUAUUUAAUGGACAACCGAAAAUUACAGGAAUAGGAAAAAGUAUAUAA